AUGAUCUCGUUCCAUGUUGGAACAAGAGUGACAAUUGUAAUGAAAUCUUUCUACAUGAAAGAACCAUUGGGCUCAAAGAGCGUAUCCAGUGUCGACUCGAAGGAAAAGUUGGGCUCAAAGAGCGUAUCCAGUGUUGGCUCGAAGGAAAAGGAUCUCACAAUAGAGGAUGAUGGGGGUCCACCAGUGGAUAGAUACUGGUUCGUCUUUAUGAUAAUUUUACUGAAUGGUAUUGGUGUACUACUACCGUGGAACAUGUUUAUCACCAUUGCACCGAACUACUACGUGGAAUACUGGUUUACGAUCGAUGGAAACAAGACGUCUUAUGCAAAAAGUUUCAUGAGUGCCCUUGGGAUUUCAGCACAAGUACCCAACUUCAUUGUGGGACUUAUCAACGUAGCGCAGAUCAUCGGAGGUUCAUUAAUGAUCCGAAUCGCUGGUCCGCUCACUUUGAAUUGUCUUAAUGUGGUGAUAAUUCUCGGCCUUGUAAUUUUCCAAGAUCCAAGUGAAGACGCUAUGAAUUGGUUCUUCGUCGUUUCGUUGGUAAUUGUUAUGGUAAUGAACGCGUCCAACGGUCUGUAUCAGAAUUCCAUCUUUGGACUCGCUGCUGAUUUCCCAGCUUCCUACACAAAUGCUCUUGUGGUAGGUACUAACAUCUGUGGAACGUUCACAAGUGUACUUGCUAUUUUAACCACUCUAGCUUUUCCAACCGAGUAUAAGACAGUAGCGUUGAUCUACUUCUCCAUUUCUCUGGCUGUACUCGUACUUUGUGGAAUAUCACUAGUUAUCCUUACCCGACUGGAAUUCUACCAAUAUUACCUCGAAAAAGGCAACCGAUUCAGGCUAGCUGAGAACGCCAGCCGACCCAGCCUGCGGCAGUUUUACGAAACAUUUAAAGGCUGUUGGAUGCAAUUACUUAGCGUAUUUUUGGUGUUCUUCGUCACACUUUCUGUAUUUCCGACAGUGUUAGCUGGUAUUACACCAAAUGGCAAAGGAGAACCUUGGAACAGUAGCAUAUCAAAGGAGCUUUAUCCUGGAAUUACUACAUUUUUGAUUUUUAAUCUUUUCGCAGCAAUCGGGUCAACAACAGCGAAUUUCAUUCAGUUCCCAGGACCGCACACGUUAGUGUUCCCAGCAAUCGCACGACUUCUCUUUAUUCCGUACUUCAUGCUGUGCCAAUACAACGUUGAUGACCGUGCGAUGCCAGUCUGGUUCAAGAACGAGUGGUUCCUGAUUAUUGGAAAUGUCAUCAUGGCUUUCACCAGCGGCUAUUUUAGCUCUCUGGGAAUGAUGUAUGCACCAAGGGUUGUAUCUAGCUCAAUGUCAAAAACAGCCGGCAUGGCUGCCGCUCUCUGUUUAGUAACAGGCAUAAUGGCUGGCGUAUCAUUUACACCUUUGAUCACAUUAAUGGUGAACAAAAUCGGCUAG